AGCUACUGUCAUCCAACGGGCUGCAUUGAGCAUUGUAGAGGAGGCCAAGGAUGAAUUUCCAAAUCUGACGUCUCUGGUGCAAUCCCAGAUCAACACCUCUACUUCUGCGGAUUCAAUUCCUUCCGAAAAUGGGGAACCUGCACUGCAAAACCCACCAACUGAUGUCAGCCCAAGCACAAAUCAAACCACCUCAACCGAUGGAGAGGGGCCAUCCACUAAAUGCAAUGUCAUUUCCUGCAAGAGCAAUCAUCAAUAACUUAGUGUAUGCUUCUUAUGCAACAAUAAUCUGCAUGGCAGUCUACAGCAAAAUGGCAGUGGGACUUUUGAAGGACUUUACUUUGGUUCAGCGUACACAACGGGCAAAGAACAGCAGCAUUGACAAUCAAUGUACAAUUUCAAAGCACGACACAACGAAGUGUGGAUCUCCAUUGGAAAAGAACAACAUAGUUCCAAAGCAUUAAACAAUGUCAUGGUCUUAAUGAUAGUUGAGAAAAACAACAAAUGUACAUGAUAGAGCUGCUUACAACUGCUUUAGUAUACCAACUAGGAAGACGACCAAGAACCACAAAGGAUCAGCUCUUCAUUUCUAAA